GAGAGCGAUAGACCCUCUGCCAGGGGGAAGCAGCACAGACCCCUUUGCCUUGUCUCAUAUUGGCACUGUCUUGCAUGGCAAGGCCAUUUUCUUAAAUAGAGACCCUUAAAGCUAGAGUAAUAGGCAGAUCCUUGACAGAGAGUGGGAUAUUGAAGAGCAAAGAGGACAGAGAAAGGUAAACCUUCAGAGGGGGAGAGAGUGGGUGGGUGCAGGAGCCUGGGAUUGAAAGGACCAUGGUGUGGGUGGGAGACAGAGACCUUCAGGCUGUAGGGAAGCUGCAAUUACAAUAGAUAGAGAGAGGGCUGCACCGGGGGUCUGCUGGGGGGAAGGAAAGCCCAAGCACUAGCACUGGCUCCCAGUCUGUAGAAGAAAGUGCUGGGGAAACAGAUGCUGGGUCCUGCCUUGGGAGGAAAAAAGGCACCAAGCUUUGGAGAAGAGAACUACCCUGACAGCAAGAGAGGAGGCCUGAAAUCCCAGCUAAAGGAAGGACCCCAUAUCGGUCAGUGUCUGCUUCCCUUGGCCUUGACACGUGUGCGGAACAAGGAAAUGAAUGAAGAGUGGUAGGAAGAAGCCGGCGUGGGAUAUGUCUAACACCACAGUAAUUGCACAGCAUGUUUCAUCCUCUCUAAGUGAAAGACCAUCUUCCUCCCCAAUAUACAUUCCCUAUCAUUUGCUACAUUUGUACAUGAAUGCCUUUCCUUGGUUUGCCUUGCUACAUCCUCUGGCCCGAUCCUGUUGCUGGAUUAAGUCUCCCAGCAUCCUCUGCUUCUGUCUGAAGAACCUGGAUGGAAGUUGGACAUGAGGACCCUUAUGCUGCCAAAAAUUAAACUGAUAGCCACGGGCCGCACAGCAGCACUUAUACUGAUUUUUGCCUUGGUCACCUUUCUCAUCAUACUGACUUCCAACAACAGCGAGGAACCGUUCAACUACAGGGAGCUGAAGCUCAAACACACCAACCCUCCCAAUAUCAGGAAAUGGCUACUGCAAGACGGUUACAUCUCAGUGUCUGGCAACAAGACACUACACUCCAAGUGCAACAGCUGCGUCAUCGUCACCAGUUCCAGCCACCUACUCAACACUCACCUGGGCUCAAAGAUCAACCGGGCAGAAUGCAUUAUUCGCAUGAAUGAUGCCCCAACCACUGGUUAUGAAAAGGACGUGGGGAACAAGACUACGUUCCGCGUGGUGGCUCAUUCCAGUGUAUACAGGGUUCUUCGAAGGCCGCAAGAGUUCUUAAGUCGUUUUCCAGGGCAAUCUCUUAUCUUUUGGGGCCCUCCUAACAAGAUGCAGCAGGGUAGCAAGACCAAUCUGUAUCACAUCAUCCAACGUGCCAGCCUGGCUUUCCCCAAUGUGUCUGCCUUUGUCGUUUCCCCAAGAAACAUGGGGAGAUUUGAUGAGCUGUUCCGGGCAGAGACAGGGAGGGACCGACAGAAGUCUCACUCCUGGCUGAGUACAGGCUGGUUUACCAUGGUGAUAGCAGUGGAGCUGUGCAACAAUGUACACGUGUAUGGCAUGGUGCCCCCAGACUACUGCAGUAAACGCCAGAAGAAGAUGCCGUAUCAUUAUUACGAACCAAAAAGCCCAGACGAGUGCAUCACGUACAUUCAGAACGAGCGAGGCCGCCGAGGAAAUCACCACCGGUUUAUCACAGAGAAAUUAGUGUUUGCCCGCUGGGCACCUGUAUACAACAUCACUUUCUCUUACCCGGAAUGGUUUGAUGAUGAAGAGACUGAAUCUAUUUAACCAUGUCCCAAGUGGGAUAUUUUACCCCCGUGUCUCUUCUGCUCACACCUUCACUGGUUUUUCUCUGUGUUGUUUGGUGUUGGGUGCUGUCCAGAUAGAAUAGAAGCUGGAGCCGUGGAUAACAUGAAACCCAAUGAAAGAGCCAUAGAAACAUCCGGUUGUGGGUUCCUUAUAGUUUCUCACUGGUUUAACCUGGGAAGAAACCAGCUGUCGUAAAUACACCAGCAGUAGCUCAAGGGUCCCGGGACUCUGCUUUAGCUGCUUGCAUUAUCCUUGGUCCAAAAGAUAGGAGGAGGGAAAUCAAGGUUUGUUCAGGUGAUUAUAUCACGUGACAAAAUGCUAUAUAUUUAUUUUGUUUGUGUGUUACCAACUUAAAUUUACAUUUAUAUGAUUUGGUCCUUUAAAGAAAGAAAGCAACCAAGUUGUAGGCAGUGAAAUACACAUAGGGCACCAAGAUGUCAACAUCUUGGACCUCCAACUCUACUAACCCUAUUGACUGAAGGUGCACAACUGUCGUACAGCCUGUGGCUCGUCCCAAAAGAGAGCACAGCAAUGUUCUGUCCUGCAUUGGACACAGAAAGAUAAGCACAGGCUGUCUGGCAGAAAGCAGCUGCCCAAUUGUGUUUGACUGUGAACAUUCUGAUGGCACUACAAAGAGAAGGUUGGGAGAAGCAAAGAUGGACACAUGAUAGAAGAUAGUGUUGGCCGGGAUGAAUAAAGUUUUGACGUUCAUGUGAAAAGUGAAUGUCAAAGGAGAACUAGUGCUGAGCGGAAAGCAAAAUUGAUACAAGAGACAGCAAGAGAGGAAUGGCUUUGGGUGGUGGAUAUCUGUAAUCUUUCAUGAAGUUGCCUCUGGUGUUGUCCACUGACUUGUUCCUCCCAUUUCCCCACUGAAGUCUUGUAUUGCGUACAAGGUCUCCAUACGUGCAUUACUUUACUAUAUCAAAUACUCUCCUCCCAUUUAUAUUUUACAUUGUUAUGAUACAAAAAAGACCCCCCAGACAAAAGCCAAGCAUAAUGGCUGUACCAAGUGGCUUAUUUUCAUGUGUUCCCUUAUGGAAAGGCAAUUACGGAUACUGCAAAAUUAUUUAUUUUUCUUACCCUUUUAACCUGAUCAUGUAAAAAAAAAAAAAAAACGUCCAGGCGAUCCAGAGGAGACUGCCCCGAAUGCUUCAUGUGUAUGCAUGAUAUCUGAAAUCGUAGGUAGUUCCAUUGAUAAUGAAUGGAAAUUAUGUUUGCACAUUUCAUGUUCGGAGCUUGAGUAUUAAUUCAGGGAAUGUCAGGGAAAAGCUUUACUUAAGCUUACUGAGAAACUGCACAGUGAAGACCCCCAAACAGCGGAAGGGGCACUACAAGACCAUGCAAUGCUUUGUACAAACGUGGAACCAACGACGCCCAAACAGAGAGAACAUUAUUUUUCUUGUCGUGGGUUUGUGGGAGGAUCCAUGAAAUGUUAGAUUUGAAAAGAUAAAAAAUAAAUAAAUCUAAUUUUAAUACAUCAAA